ACAGAACCCACACAAACAACAACUGUGCUCUUUGAACACAACUUAGUUAGACGAGGUGCUCAUUUGUCGAUCAUAUGUAUUUCCCUACUGGUCAAGCUAAUUAUACUGUGCAUCUACUCUUGAUAUUUGUUUCAAGCUAAUUAUUUUCUUGUUGUCAUUCAUGCUGCAAUGGCUGAAAUCCUGAUUUGUGAGCCAUUUGAGCUCUACAAUCUCCUCAACCAGUGCCGCUGUGUGUCAAGGCUGGCAGAGAUCAACUACCUCUGUUUGAUUGAUGCUCGUGAAACCCAAGAUUACAGAAUGAGUCAUAUCAUAACAGCUAAAAAUGGCAAAAUGGAUUCAGAGGGCAACUUCCUCCUGCCAGAGGCUGUGGAGGUUGACAGUGUGCAGCAUGUGGUGGUCUAUGACAGCAACACAAGCUGUUUACAGGAACAAGGCAGAGCAGUUGAGUGUGCCCAGGCCCUAGCUAAAGCUAGUCUCUAUCCAGUCCACAUAGUGAGAGGAGGAUUUCAGAGGUUCUCAGCUCUGUACCCUUUUUUAAGGACUGAGAAAAUCAUCUACACCAUUAUGGAGCUGGAAAACCUGAAGACUUAUCCAGUAGAGAUCAUAGCAGGACUGCUGUAUAUGGGUGACCAGAAACAAGUCAUGGACUCAAGUGUCCUCAAAGACCUGAAAAUCAGCGCUAUCAUCAGCAUCUCACAGAGUGACACUCUGGAAUCUAGAUCCAUAAAGGGGAACCAGACCAUCCUUAACAUCCCUGUGGCUGACUCAGUGGUGUCUGAUUUACAUUCAAGUUUUGAAAGGAUUUGUAGUUUUAUCGGUUCACACAUCGACAUGGGCUCUCGUGUCCUGAUAGUUUCCGGACAGGGCAGAAGCCGCUGCAGUGCUGUCACCAUUGCCUUUCUCAUGCAUCACCUUAACUACACACUGGAGGAGGCCUGGAAGUACAUGCUCAAACAUAAACCCAACAUGAGGCCAAACACUGGGUUUCUACAGCAGCUGUCUGACUGGGAGCUUCACACCGUGGGAACAAAAGUUACUGAUAUCGCUGAACCUCAUUUUUAACAAAGGAACCAACAGCUAUGUCGAUGAUGUGGCUAGUUAAUAUUCACUUCAUGCAAUAAAGAUUUCAGUUGCAUUUCACUGUAUGUAGUAAGACAAGCAGUGGCACCAUCCAAAAUAAGCCAAUUUGAUAUUCUCUUUUGUAUGUUAUUGUUUGUUGCAGUGUUGAUUUGAUCAUACUGAUGUGAUGUGGUCAGCAACAUCUGCUGCAGCUCUCCAAGGCUGAGGGAAUUUCAAGAUUAAUGUAAGCAGCCUUGGUACAUUUAGACAAUCAGACAUAUCUUUUCAGAUUUUUUAUUUCAAAAUGACUCUUCAAGGAUGUACUGCAUAUGGACAUAGUUCCCAAAUGUAAGGCAACAAAAAUUAACAGACAGAAAGUAAGUGGACAGUGACACCUAGUGUAUUUUGUACUUCACACUUUUGUGUACUUGUUUUCUUGUUUUGUAUUCAUAAACAAAGUUAUUUAUGAAUAAAUGUCAUUAGUUGUA